UUCUUACUCUUAUUAUGUUCAUCAUCGUCAUGAUUAACUCGCCCAAUUUCUUUCCCCUUUCCAGCUGGUGGUUGAAUAUUCAUGCUAUACUCAUUAGGAUCUGAACACAGCAAAAACUCAUCAAACAUCUCUGAUAACUCCACAUCAUCUUCAUCGUCUUCCUCUUUGUCUUCAUAACCAUAAACGGCAGAUUGCUUUCUCUUCCUCCUCUGCUCCUCGGGAUCUUCGAAUUCCCGGUUGUUGUCAUCCGGAAAUUAUAUAUUAAUAAUCUAUAUGUUAAGACAAAUCAAACAAGAUCACACAUGACUAUAUUUAGGCUUACACAUUGAGAGAAUUUGAUGAGUCAAAUUAAUCAUGACGAUGAUGAACAUAAUAAGAGUAAGAAUCAAAGACUUGGCAUAGAUCUGAGUGCCCUUUUGAUCAGCUGUGCCAAAUCCAUCGCCUCAUACGAUCACAGAACUGCAAAUGAGCAGCUGAAGGAGAUCAGGCUGCACUGUUCCCCUUCCGGCAACGGCGAACAGCGGCUGGCUUAUGUUUUCGCGCAGGGCCUGGAGGCGCGUCUGGCCGGCACCACCACACCUCCGCUGCCGCCCAAGAAGAUCACCGCUUUCGACUUGCUCAAAGCAUACCGGUCUUACAUGCAGACAUGUCCCUUCGCCAAGAUCACUUUCGCCUUCGCAAACAAGAUGAUUUAUCUUGCCUCCUCCGGUGCCAAGACCAUACACAUCAUCGAUUUCGGCAUUCUCUUCGGCUUCCAAUGGCCCAUCCUCAUCCAGCAUCUCUCCAACCGCCCCGGCGGCCCUCCCAGGGUCCGUAUCACCGGAAUCGAACUCCCUCCGCCCGGUUUUCCGCCACAACCACCAGCCCAAUUGGUGCACCAAACAGGGCGGCGCUUGGCCAAGUACUGCCGCCGCUUCGGCGUCCCGUUCGAGUACAAUGGGAUCCCUGCCCGCAAUUGGGAGGCGGUCAGGGUGGAGGAUUUGAAGCUCUCCGGGAGUGGAGAUGAAAUGGUUGUGGUGAAUUGUAUAUUCAGAUUCAAAGACAUGCUGGACGAGUCCGUGGCCAUGGAGAACAACCCGAGGGACGCCGUCCUGAGGCUGAUAAGGAAACUGAACCCGAAUCUCUUCGUGCACUCCAUCGUCAACGGGAGCGUCAAUUCCCCCUUCUUCGACAUCCGGUUCCGGGAGGCCCUGUUCCACUACAACGCCCAUUUCGACAUUCUUGAAAAGACGUUGCCCCGGGACGAUCCGCAGAGGGCUGUGUUCGAGCAGGAAUUCUUCGGGCGGGAGGUGUUUAACGUGGUGGCCUGCGACGGGGAAGAGAGGGUUUCGAGGCCGGAGACGUACAAGAAGUGGGGGGCCAGGAGCGCCGGAGCCGGGUUCAGGAUUCUCCCGUUGAUCCCGGAGGUGAUGGGACUGUUGAGGAAGAAGGUGAAGAGAGGGUACCACAAAGAGUUUGUGUUCGAUGAAGAUUGCGACUGGAUGUUGCAGGGAUGGAAGGGACGGAUCCUCUGUGCCGCUUCUUGCUGGGUCCCUGUUUUCGGCGUCUCCAACGAUUUCCCGUAGCUCCGGCGACUUUACUGAUACGCCGGCUAAAAUUGCGGAGGAGAGAGAUUGAACCGCCGUCUACCGGCGCGUUUCUCGGAAGAGGAUUGACUUUUCUUUUAUGCAUCAUUUUAAUCAAUAGUUAAUUAUAGA